AUGGACAAUCGAAGUAGAGCCCUGGCACUUUACAGGGCUUUCUAUCGGGCAGCCAAAUCAAUGCCGACAGCCAAUCGGAGGGACUACAUCAGGAAGAAAUCACGGUUUGAGUUUGAGGAGAACAGGCACGAAACUGACCCAUCAAGGAUCCGGGGGCUGCUCCAAUUUGCUGACCUGCAGCUAGAUAAUGUACAGAUACAGGCAAAACAUUUGUCCGAGCUCUUCGCACGUGACCCCAGUCGCUUUGAGAAGCCUGAUGCCUGA